AAUCUGCUGUUUUCAACAAACUGUUAAAAAUGUUUAUUCCUUGUUCCAGAAUCCUGGCAGCAAUUCCUAUGAUGUCUAAGCAAAUUGAUUCAUCCCGUAUCUUUGUGAUCAGAUCGCUGCAACGUGAUGGGUUUUUUCUCAAACUACAUUCAAUUACAUACUAUUAAUUCAAGGACAGUCCUUUUUUUAAUUCCUUGAUAUAAAAAAGAACCCUUUAAAACGUAUUAUAUUUUUUCAUAAAAGUUAAUGAUAAACAAGUAUACAAACUAUGAUAAUUAUUGAAAUACUCAUAUAUGUUAUAUUAAUUAGCCUUUAGUAGGCUUUAUCAACAGUAAUGGAAUAUUUCCGUCUCUAUGUUAUAUUGAAACACUUGGCACAAAUCAAAAGGUUAUCCGACAAUCAACAUGUUUAUUUUAUUCCAAUUUUCCUUCAUUGCUUUUUCAAAUAUCGUUUAUACAUGUACAUCCACGGAGCUGACUGGGGUAUGCUCAAACGGUUCAGAUGGAAGCCGCUUGGAGUGUUGUGAAAACUAUCGAGCCGUUGGAAACUCUUGUGAAGAAUGUUGGCCGGGAACUUAUGGUGUAGAUUGUAGGGACUACUGUCCUCCUAAUUUCUACGGCAGAUUAUGCUCAAAGAAAUGUGGCUGUGAACCAUGUGAUAAAGUCACAGGAUGUUUAAAUGCAACGGAUAUGGAUCAAAAUACGAGUAGUACCACGUCUGCGUCGGGGGAAGAUGAAAGUUCAACGAACUCUGCAACCUGGCCUACGUUGUCAGUCUUAGCAUCUUGUUUCGUAAUCUGUUUUAUUAUCUGUCUACGAAUCUUCUGUAUAAUUCGACGGAUAGUGACUACAAAACCAACAUAUCUGGCCGAAUACGAUGCCACAAAUCGAAAAGUUUCAUCACAUAAUCGUAGACGAAGUGGGACGUUAACGCCGAGGACAAUUAAUCCAUCUCCAACCAAUGACACAGAAACAAGCUACACAGAACCUGGCAGAUCUAAAUAACAUGACAGAAUCAAGCUCUCAAAAUGUUUAUGGUCAUGUGGACUCAAGAUGGAGCUUACACCAUUCUGACAGCGUUGGAUAAACUGACCACAUGCAAAUCACGAAUACAAAUUUCUACUUUUUUUUUAGAAAUACCAAACAAGACAAAUGUGGAU